CUAAGUGAGGAAGCUGUGGGUUGAUGGAAAUGUAGUGAGCAGAUUGAGACAGACAGUGAAUCAUUAGCAAACUGCAACGCCAGGAUGAACUUGCCUGGAACCUAAAAGGAGAAAACAAUCUUAGAGUGUUUUGCUUUGCGUGGUUUCGUUAAAUACAGCCAAAGUGGAUCUAACAGCUGGUUGAUCACCAGUCCAAGAUGCUUCUGGUUUCCCAGCGGGUCAUGGAGCCACAUAUUCCAGGGCAUCAGGGGAAGAGGCGAAUACCAGUGUGGAAGUUGGAUAAGGCCCCACUGGAGCCAAGGAUCAGGGAUCCGCAAUCCGUGUCUUGUGGUUGCCAUAAAUCAGGGCCUGAAUCUGCAACGUGCUGUAAAAGCCAGUCAGAACUCUCUUACUCAACAUUACAGGGAUCCAUUAAGAGAAAACUGGAAGAUGACAGCUCCCCUGCUUCCAGUGGCAUGCCCGAUGUCAUUUUCCCAAGCGACAAUAAGAGACUCUGUCUUGAUGAUGUAACUCUAUCUAUGGGCCAAGAGACCAAUCCCAGUGUGUCAUGUCCAGAUAUGCAGAACUCUCCAUUCUCUACCAAUCACAGCACUUCUUCCAUGGGAGUAGCUGGUCAUUCAGUGCUACUUGAAAACAAUCACAUGAAUGGCAGUGGCAUUGGUUCUCCAUUUUCGGUACCACCCAACACAGAAAUAGGACAGAAAGGGACAAUAGGUGGACAGAAUAAUGUUGCUCACUAUGAUGAGAAAGGAAACAAUAUGCAGUCUGUGGACCAGGAACUGCAAGAUCUGUUAGAAGAGCUGACAAAAAUGCCUGAUCCUUCUCCUAAUGAGCUGGAUCUUGAGAAGAUCUUGGGAAGCAAGACCGAAGAGCCGCUUGGUCUGAGCCACCCACAGUCGAGCAUAAGCACCACACCAAAGUCCUCUCCGCAGACAUCUCACUUGGAGAACCACAUUGCGAACAAAGAUUUUUCUCCAGGUUGCAAUCCAACAAGUGGAGGAUCACCCCAAAUGAGGCCUUCAUCUGCUGGGGCUAAUUAUCCGGUUCCUCCCCCAAACAAAGCUGUUGCAUCACCCAUCUCUUCAGCAGCACAGAAUAAGAACCAGGCACAGUCUAUUCUGCCAGUACCCUUGCCCAACAUGCCUACAUCUAACUGGCAUGCACAGCAACUAAAGCAGCUGGCAGCAAGCAAACAAGUGUCUACUACUAAACAGCAAGUACAGGCUCCCAACUGGCCAACCAUGUCCACUCCAGGUCUUUCUCCACCUUACAGGCCGGGAUCAUCCCCCCUCCAUCAACCUUUCAGCCCGCAAAAUGUCAUGGUGUCUGGCAUGGCUUCUAAUAGUUUACCAGGAAACAAUAUUCAAAGUCCUCAAAACACUCUGCUUUCAAGCAUGGCUUCCAGUAACAACCCGUCCAGCGGGCCCUCCCCACCAUAUGGGUCAGAGAAGCUUUCCAGUCCAGCGCUUAACCAGCAGCCUUUCAGCCCCCAGAAUUCCAUACUAUCCAAUAUGACUUCAACCAGCCUCCCAACCAACAAUAUUAAAAGUCCACAGAACAAUUUGGUUUCCAGCAUGGCCUCCACGAAUACUGGACCCUCCCCACCUUAUAGGCCAGAAAAACUGUCAAGCCCAGCUCUGCACCAGCAGCCAUUUAGUCCUCAAAAUACAUUAAUUCCUAACAUCACUCCCACCAGCAAUCCCACCAGUAUGCAAAGCUCUCUUUUUAAAUUGAUGACUACAAACCAGUCCAAAAACAUGAACAUAAUUAUGCAGCAGCCAUCUAAUGGCUUGCAGAAUGAGAGUCCUGUUCCCCAAGACCAGUUUUCUUUCAAUAACACCAAACCACUGUCUCAUUUUGCAUCGGAGUCAACUACUCCAAAGAUGUCACCCAUGACUGCCAAUCCCGGGCAGCAAUCCCUUAUUCACUAUCUCCAGCAACAGCAGCAAGCUCCAGCCACACAACAGUCUCAACAGACUAAUAAUACCCCAUUUAUCGAGCAACAUCUUCGACAACUGAUGCAGCCACCUCGGAUGCAGAGACAUAUGCAGCCUGCUGCUUUGCCAUCUCAACCCAGACAGGAUCAAAAUCCUGGAAUUGUUACCAGACUUCAGGAGCCAGGCACCAUACCAAGCGGAGGCUCGGUGCCUGCGCCAACUACGGUGAACGGAUAUACGAUGAGGAACCAUUUGCUGAAGCAGCAAAUCAUAAGACGGCAGCUAAUGCAGGAGAAGCAUAAACAAACCAUGCUGGGCGUAGCGUCUGAGCAGAGGAGUUCAUUUGCGCCCCAACAGAUGAAUCAGUUUCAGGCAGUACCACAACCUAUUCCUACUGACUGCGGUCAGUCCAUGCCAGCUCCUCCACUGAAUCACCGCAUGAUGCCAUCCAACCCGGGAAUACUUCAGAACACCUUGGGCUCCGGACUGACUCCAACCUCUGUUACCCAGAACAGUGGGACAAUGGUAAUGAUUCCGCAUAAUCCUGGGAAACAGCAAGGGAUUUUCCCACCUAAUUCCGACUUUAACAUCCCUCUGCGACCAAACCAAACCUCUCUGGGCAUGCACUCAGGAUGCCAAACGGUUCACAGCCAUCCUACUGUCCGGCCAGGAAUGACAUUGUCUAGCUUUAGUUCCAGUUCCUUAACAAAUCACUCAGCAACUCAGCAACACUUAAGACAGCCUAGUAUGCCAAGAAUUUCUACUGUCUACCCCAAUGCAUCUGCUCAGAUGUGGACACCGACUGGGGUUUCAAGAAUGCCAAAUCAAAGCCAAAUGGAUACCAGCAUGCAGCAAUUCUCCAGUAACCCUCUCGUUUCCAAACAGAACGUGAGACCAAAUAUUCCAGGUCAGCAGUUUUCCCACCAGGCUGUAGCACCGCCUAAUCAGAUUGCGCCUGGAGUCCAGGUCAGGCAGAUACAAAAACUAAACCUGGGACAGUCCGGCCAGAGCCUGAGCACGCUGAAUAAUCAGAACUUGAGACACGGUUUAACCAGAGGACCAUUGCCAGCUAUGAAUGUUAUGAAAUCCAUGCCGCAAGGCAUGUCCAGUUUUAACCAGCUCAAUCCUGCUCAAGGACUCUGCCCGCCAAGUUACCCCUCCGCAGGCCAGCUGUCAGGAACAUUCAACAGAAUGAAUACUGCUUCCGAGCUGCCGCAGUAUGACUUUGUGCCACAACAGAGCAAUUCGAUCUUGCCUGGAAACUGCAGCGAGACUGACUUCAUAGACUCCCUUAUGAAGAACAGUAGCAACAAUGAUGAAGACUGGUUGAACAAUUUGACAAUGAUAGACGACAUUUUGGGACAGCACGCUCAAAGCUCCGGACAUGUUUAGCUCAUAGGGAAGCAGACUGACCUGUAAAUAACUUAAGUAUGACUUUUCAAAGUAAAAACAAACCAACAAAAAUUGCCUCCUCUUUCAAUACCGAACGAAUGGACGCGGCCAAUUCUUUGUCUGCAUCAAAGUUUAAUAUUGGCAGUUUUUCAGAUGACUGUAUAUAUUUGAAUAUUUUAUAAAUUAUGUUUUCCUAAACAUUAAAUAUAGAAGUAUUUAUACUUCUUUUCUGGACUGUUUGUAAAUAGAUCUAUAGCAUACAUUUUUUGUUUUAUUAUAGGAAAUUCAUUAUACCUUGUUAUAAAUAUGCAAAUAAUAUUGUUAGUUUCAGUAAUACUGUGUAUUACAGCAUAAAAUACUUAUGUUUUUGACAUAACUUAACACAUGAUCUAGGGGUAUCCGUGCAAACUGGCUAAACAGGAAGCAAAUGUGGUAAUUUAUCUCCCUUGUCAAGAAGGAAGAUUGAGGAGUUGCGUUUUUUUUUUUAAACUGUCAACCUAUUCAGAGCACCCAUCCUGCAAACCGAUCCUCGUGAGUGGAUCCCAUCAGGGCUUCAUGCAGGUGGAGGGAUCCACCCGCAGAUACCCGAUUGCAGCAAAGUUUUCAGUCAGGAUACACUUCCUCCAUAUGUUGAUGAGAGCGUUGAAUGCAUUAACUGUCUAGUACUGAGUAUAUACUCAUAAUAGUACAACUGUUAACACAGACUACGUGACUAUAGAUUGCAACCAAUUGAAGAAUUAUGGUGUGAAAUGAGUGACACCUGAAGAGCAAACAUCAGCCAAACACUGUAAAGCCUCUGUAUGGAGGUAUUAUCCAAUGACACAAUAGUUCUGGUUUGCACACCUCUGCCAUGUAUAUUUGUAGUGUACAGGUGAUUUGUUCCUGGUUUCAAGGCUUUUCAUAAUUUUCUGAUUUUAACGUGAGACUUGUUUUUUUUCCACGGGGAAAAGUCUAUCAACAUUAAUAGUUAAUUUUUUGAUGUUUUUGUCAGCUACUAUUGUCAUAUGUAUAUUUAAGUCUGUUUAUAAAAGAUCCACUGUACUGUAAACUUCUUAAAAUGUUCAUACUUUGUGUAAUCAUAUUUUAAUAGUCACAUCAUACUUUGCAAUACAUUUGUAAUAUAACGUCAGCUUCAAGCACAGAAUGUUUUUUCUUCAUACCAUAAUAAACUGCCAGGGGAAAAUUGCAUAUAUUUUAUGUUUUCAUUUCAUAGAAGCAGCAUUUUGUAGCCGCAAACAUUUGAUUUGAAUUAUUUCACUGUUUUCCAGGAUGUUAGAACAUCAUUCGAAUACCUUGUAUAAAUGUAUAUGUGCUAUUACUAGAAGAAAUGAGGGAGAGGAAGAAUUGAAUUAAGCAGGCUAGAAUUUCAAUUUUGGAUGGGAUUUCCUAUGCCAGCUUUACCCAUCCUUUCAAAUGCAAUUAUAAAUGAAUCCAGACAACUCUAUCUGUUUUUUAUAUAGCACCUAUCACCAUAGUUAUUUAGGCGACACUUCUUAUUAUCCAGAAAUAUAAAUUAAUCUAGAUUUUGGAAGUAUUGCUUUGACAACUCUUUAUUUUUACCUGUAAAUAUCUGUUGGCCUAUCUGGAAAAUGCAACUGUUCCACUGCAAGGAAAAACCAUGCCCAGUGUAAAGUGGUUCAGGGCAAUUGUGCAGAUGCUGUGUUGCUAGAGCCAUGCCAUAUCAUCUCGUAAUAUAUACGGUAAACAUUAUAUAUGUGUGCGUGUGUGGGGGACAGAGUUGAGCCACUCCAUUCAUUUUAGAUAGAGACGUAAGCCCUUUACAGGAGAGCUCUAGAUAUAAAAAGCUACUGCCUGCUCUGGGGGGCAGGAUAUCUGGGUCUUAAAAAUAUACAAGUGAAGCUAUAGUUAAAUCAACUCCAUAUAAGCUGAAUCCGAAAAGGCUGCAAACCCUUUGGGAAAAUAAAAUCAUGCUGUUCGGGAAGAAUUUUGCAACCUUUCAGUGUAGGGGUGGGGGAUCAUCCCAACCCCUGCCUACCAAAAAGCCUAUAAGAAAUCAGUCUGGGUGAGUAAACCUCCAGGAGAUCUCCUCUGUGGAAUCUUCCCCAGAUGAUUCCAUUGGGGCGAGGCAGGGUGUGCCCCUGCUAUGGAAUAAGUAAGGGUUCUUCCCCUCCAGAUUCCCUAGAUCUGCCAGAGGCACAUGAGCAUCUGAAUGGGCACUGUCCCACACAGACGCUCUGGCCUUUUCCCCAUUCCCUGCCAAGGACAGUGCAAGGGAGCCCCGCUGCCAUGGCUUCCCUCUCUGGCCACUGCUCCCAGCCAUCGUAUAUGGCAUGGGGGAAAGGAAGAGUGAAUGCCAUCUCCGCUGCUUUGUUCUGGAUGGAUUUCCUGGCAGGGUACCGCUGAGGAUGAUGCACACGUCUCUCCCCAAGUGCGAAUCCUUGGGCCUACAGAUGGCCCUGAGAGGGCAAGAGGGGACAGUAGGGUGAGGACAACCCCUUGCUGUGUGCAGAGAUGGGAAGAUCCAUAUGUGGAUCCUAGAGGAAUGAUCCCUGAUGAGCCUGUUCCUGGGAAAUGAUAAGCACCUGCAACUUGAAAGAAGCCAAGAUGUAAAUCAGUGGGAGCUGUGGGUACUCUGUACUUCUCCAAAUCAAGUCCUAAAGCUCCUUAUGCAUAAACGCAGACUCCUCUCCGUACAGAGCAGAGUAUGGUAAACUCUUCUCAAUAAAACCACAAUGAGUCUAUGGGUGAGUUUGUUUGGCUAUGAGAAUUCCCGAGGCUUCUGCUGCUUUUCAGUUCUGAAAUCCACUCUGCCAAUGAAGGGGCGCUGGCUCCAAUUGGAAGUCAGUGCAGUUUGUCUCUUUAAGGAGAGGUGUGCUCAAAGUCCCAAUCCUGACUCCAUCUCAGAUUCGCAGAAUGUCACUUAGAGACAAUGUCAACUGCAAAAUCCUGUGCUGCAAACGUCUUUACCUCCAGUACGUUACUAACUACUUAGAUGAUUUUACGUGAAACAAUUUUUAAAAUCAGAUUAUUUUCUCUAUGAUUUUUUUUUUUACUUUUCUCAUCUGGGACAAUUAAAAUCACUAAGUCAAUUUGCCUUCCAGUUUUUCAGCUCUGCAGUGCAGUGUUUGAAUUG